CAAUAGCUGCCGUUCCACUGUCACUCACACAAACAAAGUCAUCCCCAAGACUAUGUAAAUUGAUACAUGCACUGGCGGUCAAGGCCAAAGAACCGGUAAUUCUACCUAGGCUCGUAGACUGUAAGAGACAGAGCGUAGGCUACUUAAGGAAGAUACAUGAUGAAAUGGAACGUAGAUGCACAUGGUGUCUAUGCUGGUAAUUCUGUGUGGACCCCAGGAACAGACUAGGCCUACAAUCACUUCGUGGAAGCGAAAAGGGGUCUAAAUCAGGUCUAAAUCAUACAGUCUAUGGUCUAAAUAUAGGAUGAAGAAUAAUGAUUCAAGUGCUGUCAGAAAAAUCGGAUGAUACACACACGUGGGACUUCCCUGACACCUGGAUGUUGCUGAAAUGUGACGUUGGGGGAACAAAGUGAAGUUGGUGGUAACGCUGGUCCAUCAUGUUAAUUGUAUUCAGUUUCAGUUUUUUUGUGUGUAGUGUAUUUUUUUAUUUUUUUUAUUUAGUUUUACAAAUGAUAUGCUUUUACAGUAAUGCACAUAUUUCCUUGCUGCAGUCGAAUUUGGAGCCACAGAAUUCGAAUAACCGAGCUCAUCACCGGCACUUGAAAGCAGCAUCAGACACCACCAAAACACAAAUGUCCAAUUCCCUCCCGGCAUUUUCACGCGUGCCGUUGCCAUGGAGCUGAGUUUGUUUCUUUUCUCCGGCUCACACAAAGAGUGAAAGGUAGUGCUUUAAAACAAAGUAAGGACUUUUUGGACAAACUUGGCAAAAGUGUGAGUGUCGUCGCCGUCCAGACGUGCUGCGUAUGAGAACAACAAAGUGCAAAAGGACUUUUAAAAUUUUUCACCAGCCACGCAGCUCAUCUAAGCCCAUAAUGAGUGGCAGAGUGGCAAGGGGCCGCCUGCAGGUGCUCCAGAUCUACCGCCUGCUGCAGUACGUCCAUGAAGGGGACAAAGCGCAGAUAGAGAAGAUGGUCAAACUGGGGCUGGAAAACCUCAUCAAUCUCACUGAGCCACAAGAUGGCACAGGGGUGCUUCACGUGGCAGUGUCAGCCAACAAUCAGGACUUGGUCAGCUUCCUUCUCUCCCAGGGAGCACACCCCAACGUCCAGGACAAGAAUGGCCGCACCCCGGUCAUGUUAGCCGCCGAGCUGGGCAAUGAUGCCAUAGUGGCACUGCUGGUCCAGAGCAAUGCUAACCUCAGGCUUAAAGACAGCGAGGGCAAAGGUGUGCUAUUCUACUGUAUCUACCCCACCAAGCGCCACACCCGCUGCCUGCAGGUUGCACUCAAGUGCCAAGUAGACGUCAACGAUGUGUCAGCGCAGGGGACACAUGUCUUCCAGUUGAUGUGUGAAAAAGCCCAGGAGUGCACCCCCAUGUGUCUCAUCAUGCUGGGGGAAGGGGCAGACCCCAAUGCAACAAAUCAGAAAACAGGCGUCACAGCGUUAAUGGAGGCAGCUAAGGCAGGCUCCCUGCAGCUUGUCAGAGCCAUUCUAAAGAGAGGGGGAAACCCCAACGCCCUAGACCGAAAGCGCCUCACAGCUGUACACUAUGCAGCCAUGGGGGGCUUUUUUGAGUUGAUUCAGGUGCUGUCUGCAUACGCAGCAGACAUGGGCGUGGCUAACCUAGAGGACUGCACAGCCCUCCACUACGCUGCUGCCCUGGGGAAUGCUAACUGCUGCAAGUUCCUGGCACAGAGAGGUUGUAACCCCAAACUGAAGAACCAGGAAGGUUUGCUGCCACGUCAGAUUGCCAAGGACGCCGGUCACAAAGCGGCUGUCAAGGAGCUUAAGAAGGCCGAGCGCCAGCAGGGAAAGGGCAACAAGCCCGGCGGUGGCGAGUGCCCUACGUCAGAUCUCUGGGCCCUGACCCUCCACGACUGGUCGUACGAGCACGAGACUACACUACGACAAGCCUUGGGGAACCAAUCAGAAAUUGUCACCACCCAGAUGUUUAUUUCAGUGUUGGAAGAAUUGAAAGCUCCGGUGGAACUAGACCAGCUCCAUGCAGUCAUCGCAGCCCAUGACAAGGACAAAAAGGGAUGCAUCAACGUUAGUGAUUUCCUCAAAGGUGUCAAGUACAUCAAGAAACCAUUUCUCCUCUCCGCGUAUAUGCCUAAAAAGAAAAAGGGAGAAAAGGGUGGAAAAGGAGGUAAGAAGAAGGGUAAAUUUGUCCUCACCUUGCCCAUUUGCACCCUGCCGCCGGAGCGUAUGGCCCGGCGGCCAGACGGAGGCCCGCCCAAAUACAUGAUCGAGACAUACUACAACUGCUCCGACAUCCGCCGAUUCGACCGCAGUCACCCUCAAGAGCAUCCCAUAAUGAAUGACUCAGGGUGGUACAUAGAAAAGCCAGAUAAGGUCUACGUCAGCAUCAACUACUGUGUGAAAAGUGGAGACCUGGAGUCUCUGGAGCUGGCUCUCAACCACGGGGUUCCUGUGGACGUUCAGGACGAGUUCUACAAGACGCCGCUGAUGGUGGCCUGCUCCAGCGGCAACUACGAGGUGGCUCAGUAUCUCCUCAGUCGGGGGGCGGAUGUAAAUGUGUGUGACCAGUUCUUCUGGACGCCCCUCCACCACGCGGCUCACGCUGGCCAAGUGGAGAUUAUUGAACUUCUGGUGGAGGCCGGGGCCAAAAUAGAUGCCCGGGCCCUCAGUGGAGGCACACCCCUCAUGAGGGCCAUCGAGAGCUCUCGACCCUCCUGUGUGGACUUCCUCAUCAAGGCGGGUGCCAGUGUCAACGCCGAGAACAAAAAAGAACAAAACUGCUUCGACAUCGCCACAGCUUUUGCAGACUCCAGGAUAAUUGACUUGGUCAAAGACAAGAUGGAUUCUCUGCCUAAACAAAAGGACGCAGCGAAGGGAAAGGGGGGCAAAGCUCCAAAGCCUAAACCGGCUAAGAGCGUUGCUGCAGAAGGUGCAGCGCUCACAGAGAUCACAUCGACUAUAGCAGCAGGGAAGACCCCUCCUCAGAAGGAUUCAAAGAGUGUCAUCCUGCAGAACACCCGGAUCACUACGGGGGAAACCAACGUGGUGGAUAUCACCGUUGUGCCAAAAACGGUUUGGGGGAAGCAGCCCACCACCAGCCAGCUGAUGUCAAAGAUAGAGAGACGCAAAGAGCUCCUAUCCCUCGAGGUGGACUUUGACGACUUCAUGAUGCCUUUCAGCCAGAACAUCCAGAGGAAAACGCAGGAGCUGGCGAAAACCACAAACUAGACCGAAAGGACACAGUUACAGUAGGCAGCAAGAGACACUCACACAUUUUGGAGUCAUGUAUUUUCGUUCCAUUUGUCCUUGGAGGACGGAAUUUCCGACGUCAAAGUCGGAUACACGCCCCCUUGAACUC